AUGGAGAACAUUUUUGAAUUCGGACGUCAGAAGAGCCAGGAACUUUCUCAGGGAAACUUCUCGCCUGAGGAGCACAAGGCCAAGUUCAGCCACGAGGCUAUUGCCGGUGUUGCUUCCUUCGCUGCCUUCAAGGCAUUCGAGGACAAGCAGCGCAAAGAGGGUAAGCCCGUCAGCCACGCAUUCGCAAAGGAGCUUCUCGCCGGAAUCGCCGGCGCCGAAGUCGACAAGCUUGUCGAGACCAAGGGCCUCAACUUCGUUGACCGCGAGAAGGCAAAGAACACCUCGCGCAACCAGCUCAACCAGAUGUACGACUCUUACUACGGAGGCGACCAGCAGUACGACCCUAACUCUCGCCAGGCGCCUAGCCAGAUCCGCGAGGAGAUCGGAAAAUAA